UUGCUGAAAUGUCUCAUGGCAAAUGAAAUGAAUGAUCACAAGGUGCUCUCGGACCACCACAUUUGUGCACCUCAAGGAGUGGAUCAUGAUGUAUUCUGCCUUGGAAAGACUCUGCUGUCCUGUGUUGGUGGUGUAAACCGUCAAGCUGGAUCGCUUUGUCGGAACGGACCAGGAUUCUGUCAAAUGGAAAACACAACUGCUAAUAUCCCUCUGUCCUUGGUUAUUCCUGAAAAGUUCCAGCACAUUCUUCGAGUGCUCAACACCAACAUAGAUGGGCGAAGGAAGAUAGCGUUCGCUAUCACAGCCAUCAAGGGUGUUGGGAGACGCUAUGCUCAUGUGGUGCUGAGGAAAGCGGAUAUUGACUUGAGCAAGAGAGCCGGAGAGCUUUCCGAAGAGGAGGUUGAACGCAUUAUAACCAUCAUGCAGAACCCACGACAGUACAAGAUCCCUGACUGGUUCCUGAACAGACAGAAGGAUGUCAAAGACGGCAAAUACAGCCAGGUCUUGGCCAACGGUCUAGACAACAAACUGCGUGAGGAUCUGGAGCGGUUGAAGAAGAUCCGUGCACACAGGGGUCUGCGGCACUUCUGGGGUCUCCGUGUGCGUGGCCAGCACACCAAGACCACAGGCCGGAGAGGACGCACAGUCGGUGUGUCCAAGAAGAAGUAAAUAUUACAAAUGAUCUCAGAUUCAUUAAUAAAUUUCUCAUUGAACUGUU